AUGAAAGUAACGAUUAAAAGUUGGACUGGUGUGGCUACUUGGCGCUGGAUAGCGAACGACGAUAACUGUGGUAUAUGCCGUAUGCCAUUUGAUAGUUGCUGUCCAGACUGUAAGCUGCCUGGUGACGAUUGUCCUCUAGUGUGGGGCGCCUGUUCUCAUUGUUUCCACAUACAUUGCAUUGUCAAGUGGUUGCAUUCUCAGCCGCAGCAACAGUGCCCUAUGUGCCGUCAAGACUGGAAGUUUAACAAUAAGUAG